ACGCACGCACGUAUGUUCCCGGGAUCCCAUUGACAAGAAACUCCGCACUCUCCGUUGACCUCAAGUUCACUCCAGAAGUCUCGCGCGAUCGACGAGAUCCCCCUGCACACCAUGGCUCGCCUCCUCCACCUCUUGGUCGUCCUGCUCCUGUCGGUCGCCCUCGUGCCGCCGCCGGCCGUGGCCGCGGGGCCGGCCAAGGUGCCCCUCGCGCUCUACUACGAGUCGCUCUGCCCCUACUGCUCCCGCUUCAUCGUCAACCACCUCGCCGGGAUCUUCGACGACGGCCUCAUCGACAUCGUCGACCUCCUGCUCGUCCCCUACGGCAACGCACACGUCCGCGGCGAAAACAACACCAUCAAUUGCCAGCAUGGCCCCUAUGAAUGCAUUCUGAACAACGUGGAGGCUUGCGCCAUUGACGCCUGGCCGGAUUUGAAUGUUCAUUUCGGUUUCAUCAACUGUGUGGAGGACCUGGUGAUGAACAACAAGCAAGAGGAGUGGGAGUCCUGCUUCAAGAAACAGAAUCUUGACCCCAAGCCUGUCAUGGAGUGCUAUGGGAGUGAGCAUGGCCAGAAGCUUUCGCUCGAGUAUGGGAAACAGACUGAUGCGCUCGUGCCUCCUCACAAGUACGUUCCGUGGGUCGUGGUUGAUGGCGAGCCGCUCUACGACGAUUACGAGAAUUUCGAAGCUUACGUCUGCAAGGCGUACAAGGGCCAUCCUCCAAAGGCUUGCCAGGAGCUGAGCCGUCAGUACCCGAUCGUGCAACAGGUGGUGAAGGCGAGCAACGGUGUCAGCUACGACUCCUUCGAUCUCGAGGAGAUCGAUGACAACGUUGACGGCCAGAUUAAGAUGGUUGGGGCUGAUGGCAAUUGAUAAGUUAUGUUCCCUUUUGGGGGCUCACAUACCACUAGUCCACUAUACGUGAACAAUGGAUAGUUUCAUAUUUCUGUUAACUAUGGACUUGUAGAUCAACAGAUCAUAAAGCGAGUUAUCGUGAUAUGCUGUUACCUUGAUCUGGUAUAUACUGGGAAUCAAAUCAAUAGCAUGCUUGGCUUC